CAGGUGGACUGCAGACCCAGCUGCUCCCCACCUUGGCCCGUGGCGGCGAGGCGGUGCUGGCCACGAUGCCCACGGCAGCGCAGGCGGUGGAGUUGAUCCAGCGCUUCAACGUGAGCGUCUACGCCAUGCUCUCCAGCGCCUUAUUGGACUUCGUGGAGCACCUGGAGCAUCGCGACUUAGGCUCCGUGGCGGCGCUGGCGUUGCGACGGGUCGUGGGCUCCGGGGACUCGGUGCCGCUGCAGCUGCAGAGCCGGUUCCUGGAGAUGUUCGGUUGGCCCGUUCUGGAGGGCUGUGGCAUCACAGAGAUUGGUGGCUACUACGCCGCCCAGCCGCUGGACCCGCUAGACCGCGAGGGCAAGGCGGGUGCCAUGGGAAGGCCGACGAAGGGGACCCAGGUACGGCUGGUGGAGGACGGAAAGGAUGUGCCCGUGGGCUCCAUCGGGGAGGUGCUUCUGAAGACGCCCUCCCUGCCUCUGGGCUACUGGGAGGAUCCUGAAGCCACCAAGGAACUCUUCCAAGAUGGUUGGCUCCGCACCGGCGACCUGGCGCGCUUCGACCUGGACGGCUUCCUGUGGUUCGUGGCGCGGCGGAAGCUGAUCAUUGUCCGACGGGGCUCCAACCUGGCCCCCGCGGCGGUGGAGCGGUGGCUGCUGGAGCAUCCCAAGGUCAAGGCCGUGGUGGUGGUAGGUGUCCCGGACUCUGCGGAGGGUGAGGUGCCUGUGGCCUGGGUGCUGCCGGGUGAUGAGGCGCCGACGGCAAUGGAGCUGGAGGAGCAUGCAACCAAAGGCCUCGCUUCCUACGAGCAGCCCGUGAGCCGCCUGACCUUGUUGGUUUCGGUCAAACAGAACAGGUGGGAUUACAGCAGCAAAGAUGUGGGUUGUAAGUUGGGUGAAGGAUAUUGGUUCCGCAACACAAUGCCGCUGAACAGCGUGGGAAAAUUUGACCGCGCCAAGUUGAAAGACGAAGCGAAAGCGCUGAUGGCGAACCUGGCAGCGACGGCAGGAGCAUGA